UGAAGAAGGGCAAAACAACAGAAAGAAAAGGAAGGGAGAGCUUUCUUGUCUCCUCCCGGCUGCUCCCCGGAGGCAGAAAUGGGAUUUUAUGUUUACGAAGUUGCAGCCUUUUCCGUGAGCUCCAGGUGCCCGAGGACUUGGAAGGAGUGAGAGGCAGAGUUAAUGAGGUUGUUCAUCUCCAAGAACAAGCAAUACUCAGACUGAAGGGGAAUACGCUGCGUGAAAAAUCAGAGAACUCCUUUUUUUUUUUUUUUUUUUUUAAAUUUUUCUUUGGAGAAGCUGAUUUCCCUUGGCAAGAGGGGGAAGGUGGAGAAAAUGAAGCCAAGUCUGCGAUUUUUCUUCGCCGGUUUUCUGUCGCUGAUUCUGCAGACAGGGCUUUGCUAUGGGAUAAAAUGGAUAGCUCUGUCCAAGACCCCCUCGGCUCUGGCCCUGAACCAGACCCAGCACUGCAAGCAGCUGGAGGGGCUGGUGGUGUCCCAGGUGCAGCUGUGCCGCAGCAACCUGGAGCUGAUGCAGACCAUCAUCCAGGCGGCACGAGAGGUCAUCAAGACCUGCCGCAAAACCUUCUCGGACAUGCGCUGGAACUGCUCCUCCAUUGAGCUGGCUCCCAACUACCUGCUGGACCUAGAGAGAGGCACAAGGGAGUCAGCAUUUGUGUAUGCCCUUUCUGCUGCUGCCAUCAGCCACACCAUUGCCAGGGCCUGCACCACCGGGGACCUCCCUGGCUGUUCCUGUGGUCCCAUCCCAGGUGAGACACCUGGACCUGGGUAUCGAUGGGGAGGAUGUGCAGACAACCUCAACUAUGGUCUUAUCAUGGGGUCCAAAUUUUCAGAUGCUCCCAUGAAGAUGAAAAAAUCAGGAUCACAAGCCAAUAAACUGAUGCAUCUGCACAACAGUGAAGUAGGGAGACAGGUCUUGAAAGCCUCUCUUGAAAUGAAAUGUAAGUGCCAUGGAGUUUCUGGGUCAUGCUCUAUCAAGACCUGUUGGAAAGGCCUUCAAGAGCUGCGAGACAUUGCACUGGACCUCAAAAACAAGUAUUUAUCUGCCACCAAGGUCGUUCACCGGCCCAUGGGCACACGCAAAUACCUCGUGCCAAAGGAUAUUGAUGUCAGGCCAGUUAAGGAGACAGAGCUGAUUUACCUGCAGAGCUCGCCUGAUUUCUGCAUGAAGAACGAGAAAGUGGGCUCACAUGGCACCCAGGACAGACAGUGCAACAAGACUUCCAACGGGAGCGACAGCUGCGACCUGAUGUGCUGUGGCAGAGGGUACAACCCCUACAUGGACAAAGUUGUGGAGAGGUGCCACUGCAAGUACCACUGGUGCUGCUACGUGACCUGCAAGAAGUGCGAGAGGACUGUCGAGAGAUACGUGUGCAAGUGAACCCCCUCCCCUGCCCCCCAGAGCUGAGACAGCAGCACCAGCACUACCCAGAGAACAGAAAACAUUGCCUUGACCAGAGGUCAUUUAUCUUGCAAAGACACAGACUCGAGGGAAGCUGGCAGGAGGAAAAGCGACCAAUCACACCAGUAAGAAUAAGACCCUUAAAAAAAACCUCCCAAAAAACCCCAAAAGCAACAAACCCACAAAUGUUUCCCCCCCAUCAACAAAAUGCUCUCUGAGAAGACAAAGCCUCAUUUGGGAUGGUACCUCCUUCAAAAAUACUUCCUAUGGUUGCCAGUGACGUCCAGCCAUCGAGUGCCUCAGUGUUCUGGGAAACAAAAGUAGAAACUUUCCCCAGGGGAAGAAAAGCAACUCCUGUUUGACAAUAACUGAGGCUCCCACCUGCCUGUGCCUUCCAGCACAGGGACUGAGUCUCCAUCGGGACCAUCCCAGAAGGGAAAACACCACAACUUUACAGCAAUAACUUUUUUGCCAAAGACUUAAUUUUUAGCAGGGAAUCACCCACUGGGAAUGAUAAAGGUGGAAAGGUUUCUGGUCAAUCCCCUGAAAGGAACAACUCAUUUUAUCCUUGCUUUUACACAGGUCUGCGACUUUGAAGUCGCUGCUGCAGGAAGGGCUGUCCUUGAUUUGUCCAGGCUGGAUGGGUUUUCAGAUUCAGCCAUGGAAAAAGUCCCCUGGGACUGGGAACCCCUGGGGGCAGGGAGUGUAGGGCAGCCUGAGAAGGACUUCUUGGGGCCCACGAGACAGUAGUGGGGCCGUCAGGACACAACAACAAAGUGAAGUCAGAAUCCAGCAGGAAAGUAAGACCAAAAGCAAGCCCCUGCUCUCUUUCUGUUUGCCCUUUGGGUGUGGUGCCCUUGGUUGCUGCCACUGUCCCACACUGGGCCAGCAAGUCCUUGGGGAAAUGUGCCACUGGCUCUUUUCCCUCGGCAGAACUGUCGGUCCAACCCCAAGACCCCGCGGAGAGCGGGGCAGUGCUGGCUGCAGGGAGGGCAGCCCUGGAGGGCAGCAGCCAUUCCCAGCAGAAGGGAGUGGGAACAUGCCAGUACUUCCCAUGGCCCUGCCCUGGCACAGCAGAGAACCACUACCUGUGGCUGUAAAUAUUUCCUUUUGUACGCGGCUAUACGGCAAUAUUUAUAUCUCGUGCUUUCCUCUACUCUGCUCCCUACGUAAACAUAUCUAUGUACUAUAAGCAAGCAUUACCCAGAGUGUGAAAUGAGCGCUGAAGUUACUGGGGCAGCAGCACAAUGUCAGAUGAUUGUGUUUCCUGCUUGGAUUUUCCCAGCUCUGAUUUUCCUCCCAGGGAUGGGAGAAGAGCAAGGCUCGAGGCACUCGAGAAGUUCCUCUAUUCCCUGCCUCCCCUGCCUCUUCAUUUGGAGCAGAAUCAGCCAAGAUACAGCCAAGACAAUGAAACAGAGCACUGGGAGAAGGGAAGAGUCACCGUUGUUGUUUUGCUAUUUUAUCAGUGACCCCUCUCAUUGGGAACAUUUCCCAGUGCCCCCGAGGAGCUCAAUAACAAACAGGACCAACUCCUCUCCUGGGGGUUUGCUCCUGGCUCCUGCACGUGGACAGGGGGAUGCUGUGCAGGGCAGCUUCUGCCUUAGGUUUGGUUCCUUUCUUUGCUCUGUUUUCCCUUUGCAGUGGGCAUCCAGCUCUGUGUCCCACUGAGGAAAGGCGACCUUGGGGAAGGAUGCUGCUGUGAUGUCCUUCACAUCAUUCCCCAUGCAGAAUGCUGUAAGCAGCCAAAAAAUCCCUCCUGCAAGAAUGUAGGGGGACACUGGCACUUUCCUAGGGGGGAAAUAUGGCAGUAACACCACAGCCUCUCCAAAUCCUCUUCUUUUCCCUGCUCAGCCAUUCUCUAGGGACCAACUGCCUCUGACAUGUCUGUGAACAGCCCUGGGGAGCUGGAGGAGAAAAGCAGCAAGGGCUGUGAGAGCAAAAUUCGAGAGAUUCUGUUCUCCUCAGCUCCUUUGCUUUGCUGGGAUGGGUUUGGCCUCCUGGCCCCCUUCCCUCCCCCAGCCACGAGCAGGCAAAGAGAGGCCUUCGGUGGUUUGUCAGUGGUUUGUGUUCUUGUCACCCCAUAAAAGCUGGUGGACUGAACGUCCCUGCAGUGCAGUGUGAUGAGUGCUGGGUGUCUCUGGGCUGACAUGCAGACAGGCUGGUGGCACAAAUCCCACUGCUCUCCAGCACCAGGAUCUGGCUUCCUUUGAUUCGUAAAGAACUCUCGUUCUUUUGAGGAAUUUUGUUUUCGUUUCCAGUUUCUGACGAAGCCAACAAGGCAGGGAUGUUCUGACCAAAGAAAAACUUGAGCAUUUCAAUGUUAUUCUGUAAUGACUCUUUUUCUUGCUCCCUUGCUGAUGUCCUGAGUCUUUCUGCUUGGUGAAAAAAAUAAUAAAAAGGAAGAAAUGCUCUCUAGGUACAUUUUUUCAGCUGCAUUCCGCUCCUCCCAUGUCAGACCUGUGAUCCUCCAGUGGCUUUCUCGUGUCAGAAGAAAGCACCACUUGGCAGAACAUUAGAGGGCGUGAGAAAACCUCUCAGGCACAUGCAGGUCGAGCAGGUGGGACAGGGACCUGCAGCAGAACCUCAGCCCUGGGACACCUCAUGCUUUGUGCCUGGUACUGGAGAUGCUGAGCUGAGGUGGCUGAAGUGUUUGGAGGUUCCAAACCUCUGCUGUCUUUGGAUAAUCCAUCCUGGGCUUCCUCUGAAUUUUACUGCUUUGGGAAAAGAGCCCGUGUGGCCCCAGCCCGUGGCUUAAGCUGUUGCUCUAUGAAUUCCCUCUGUUACACCACUUUUGCCACAGCUUCUGAGUGUCAGGGCCCUUUUUCUCUCUGGAGUAGCUGCACACUGCAUUUCCCUCGAAUACCAACUAGGAAUAAAGAGAGAAUGUGCACCACAGGGCCAUGCUGGUGGAAGGACUUGUGGUGCAGCUUCUCCAGAGCUGUCCCUGGUGCUUCACUCCUGGCCCAGCAGCAGAGCACAGGGAACUCAGGAGGGAGAAGUGUCCUCGCUCCCAGCUGCAAUUCCUGGUGCAAAACGUGCCUGCUUAACUGCCCAGUUAUUUCCACAGCCAGGGGGAGGUGUCCCUGCCCAUGGAAGGGGACAGUUCCACUGGAACUGGAUGAUCUCUGAGGUCCCUUCCAACCCAAACCAUUCCGUGUUUCCAUAGUUUUCUGUGUGGUCUCAAAGCUGUUUGGGAGCACAUCUGUCAGUUUUGCAAGGAAAAAUAUAUCCCUCCUUCCCUCCCCCAGGCCCUCAGCAACCAGUUUUCAAGGCUUUGCUCUGAAACAUGGAGAAACUUUCAGCCACUGAAUAAAAUGGUUUUAAUUCCUGGGAAUUAAUGCUACAGUUCCCUCUCUUACAACAUUCCCUACCACAUCCCAGCCACUGGUACAAUUUGGCCCAGCUCCACAUCCUACUGCACAGCACUGCUGAUUUACACUGGCUGGGAAAAAACACAUCUGAUUUCUUCCCAUAAAUCCUAUAAUUUCAAAAUCUUACGCUGUUACCCCAGAGGGAAACGGGUAAACCAUCUGGAAGAGUGUUAUGUUGGUGGCUUUGUAUCAUUUAUUAAUUUGGAAAAAUAUCUAUGAUUUAAUGAAACUGUUUGGACUUAAUGCUAUUUCCAAAUCUGAGGGUUUACACCCUGUGUACAUCCAGCUGGCUUUGUGUUUUUUGAUGAAUUCCCCCCCAUCCUCACCCCCUUCCAGUUUUAUAUCAUUUAGAUUUCUCCCUAAGGUAGGCAAAUGACAGUCAUUACAAAAAACUCCCGUCUGAUUGCUUGUUUUAGUCCACAAAAACAGAAGGUAUCUUAAUCAUGCUAAAGCAGACAGCCCACAGUGUUUCAUGUGCAGCUAGAAAAGCCCUUGAUGAGGGGAAGGGGAGUGAGGAAAGGAGGCAGAAAUCUGAGUACAAUUAACAGAGUCUUUGGCAGGAAAAUGAUAAAAGAGUCCCCGAGGGACCAUCCCUUUUCCUGCUGGAAAGAGAUCCUUGCAGCACCUUCCAGGUGAGCCAGACCUGUGCUGCCCAGCACCAGGCACCUGCCUGGGGAAGAUGGUGGGAGGAAGCUCUGGAGGUGCUUGAUGUGGGGAACAAGUGGAAAAUUCAGCCCUGGGACUCCUUGGUGUUACCCCCCACCCGUGAGGAAGGGUUUGCCUUCCCUGCCUCAGGUUGUGAGACAUCACUGCUUUGCUCCCCAGAGCAUCACAGGCAGGACUUUCUCCUCUGCACAGGGAGACAGAGUUGAGAACAAGGUUUGAGAGAGGCAGAGAAAUAACAGGAAACUUCAAAUCCACCUGAGAUUAAUGACUUUAACAUGUACAACCUGUUGUGUUGUGUUUUGUUUUCCUCUUGGGACCAGUUUCAUCAGUCAGACAGAGUUUGAUUAAAUGUCUCAGCAGAGCUAUGGUUUGUUCAUCUAGAGCACAGAUUACCCUCUGUUCAUGGAAGCAGCAUUAGCUGUGUUUUCGAAUUGUAAGAGCUACAAUAAUAA